AUGGGAUACAAUGCAAAGGAAGUUGUACGUGUAUUUGCCUGCAGUACUCAAUUGUCCUACAACCUGUCCGAGGCCAGAUACAAGUUGCUGGCUAAGCCAAUUAAGAAUGCUAUCCUCAGAUCUCGAUCAGAAUUUAAUGUUUUGAAAGACACCUUCAGCUCUAUCAGUGAUGUCGUAACACCUAUCAAGAAUGAAGUUGAGGGCACAGAAGAACUGAAUGAGAUAAUAAAACAGCGCAAUAUUGUGGAAGAGAUUGAUCCUGGAUUAGGGGAGGGUUAUUUAUACCUGAUGAGAAUUGAGAAAAAACUAACAGAAAACCUUAAAUAUGUUAAGUUACAAUAUAAAGUGACGUACGAGAGGGAACUCUACGAUGUACAGGACGCAAAAGAGACCGGCGAGAGAGUGAUGCACGAAUUUGAACAGCGGGGCAAGAGUAUGCGGUACGCAGCGAAAGUGGUCAACGUCUGUCUCGCGUUGAUGGCACUCCGCGUUGUGGUCGCCGCCCAGCGCUACCACGACAACUAUCUAACGACGAUCACAUACGACAACCUGUACAUAACUUCAUACUUCAAGCGGACCGACAAAAGGCGCAGGCUGAAGAACAAGUACACGUUGCUCCCACUGAAGAAGGUGUUGCCAGAAGUUUGCGUCGGGAAUAAAGCUGAUUUAAAAAUAUCGAUGCCGCUA